AUGGCGACCGCCCGAUUCAAACCGCUAAGUAUUGAGAGGGACCUUGCAAGGACCGCAGUGACAAGGAAUUCCGCCACGUGGGCGACUCGCCAAAUGACAGAGAGCGCUGAUAUUGAAUUAUCCAGAGUAGAAAAUCUUCGGACGUUGGGACAGGAAAGCUACCAGCUAGCCGCCUGCAAAAAAGCGACUUACUCGAAAAGUACUGUGCUGAAGAGAAAGCAGAAUGACAAGAGCCCUGUUGCGCCUCCAGACGCCUCGCGAUUUAAAGUUCGGCAGCCGCCGCAGUCCAGACAGACCCUGGAUAUGACUAAGCAGCCCCCGGCCUCUUGGCGUUCCAGCCACAAGCCGGCGCUGACCUAA